AUGUCCAAAGCAGCUCCCGCCAAAACACCGGCGGCUACGGCCCCGCCUGCCGGAUGCUCCCUGGACAUCAACGACCCCCAGGUCCAGAAAGCGGCUAUUCGCAUCCAGGCCUCUUGCCGGGGCCACAGGUCCCGAAAGGAGCUACGAGAGAAGGGGCCUCCGCGAGUGCUGGAGCCGCUGGAAGACGUGGUGCUGCUGGAGGGCAGCGCGGCCAAGCUGACUUGCCGCAUUUCGGCUUUCCCGGACCCAUUCAUCCGCUGGAGCAAGGACGGCAAAGAGCUGCGCGACGGGCCCAAGUAUCGCUACAUCUUCGAGGACCCCGACGUCGUCGCAUUGGUGGUGCGCGACGGCGAGCUGGCGGACUUGGGCCAGUACAGCAUCAGCGUAACCAACCCGUUGGGCCAGUGCUCCGACUCCGCGCGCAUCCUCGUGGAAGUCCCGGCGAAAAUUCAAAAGGGACCAGAUAACACCAAGGCGCGCAAAGGCGCUACGGUGACGCUGACGGCGGAGAUCAUGGGCGAGCCUGCGCCCGACGUGGGCUGGACCAAGGACGGGAAGGACAUAGAGGAGGACGACAGGGUGUACUUCGAGGUCGGCAGCACCAACACCACGCUGACCAUCCGCCGGGCCACGCCCCAGGACAGCGGCAGGUACGAGGUGUACGUGGAGAACAGCCUGGGCAUGGACCAGAGCUUUGCUCGCGUGGACGUGGCCUGAAAGGGACCCUCGGAGUUUUCGCUCUGUUUCCAAGCCCCGGGGUGGGUGGCACCAACAACCCCCCCUCCAUCUCGCUUAAUAAAGCUGCUUUCUCUGACCUUC